AUGGUGAAACUGCGCGAGGGUUGUCCUUCGGAGCUUUGCCCUAGAACCCCAGAGAAGGGAUUCUCAGCCACACCACUUUUUUGUGGGAUCAACAACAAGCAGAGAUAUUCAGGGAACAGCUUGGCACUGCCUUGCCACCCUCUCUCUCGUGCUGUUCUGUUGGAAUGUUUCAAAGCUGUUGGUGACGGCACAUGUCGCGAUGCGGUGAUGGCAGGCUGUCCCGUCGCGUCGGUUAAACGCGUCCUCGGAAUGUUUUCUUCUCGCUGGAGACUCUUCGCUGCUUGUGAACUGCUGGCGGCCGACAAAUUUCUCCUCGAGGACCUUGGAUAUUAA